AUGCCCUGGAAACGCUGGAUCAUCGUUCUUUACCUCUGCUGCGGUCUUGUUCUCGUCCGAUCCGUGUAUCGUGUCAUCGAAUAUGCCACCGGCCCUCUUGGCGUUGUCCAAGGUACCGAAAUAUACUUUUACGUCUUUGACUCUGGAUCCAUAUUUAUGAUAACCUGUCUUUUCAACAUUUUCCAUCCUCGGCAACUAGCUACUGUAUCUAAAGACGAUCUGCCAGAUCCUGAGACCAUCAUCGUCACGCCGUCCAAACCUCUAUCUCGAUAUCCAUCACAGGCACCUCCUCGUUACAUGCAACCCCCGCCUUUUCUCCCUUCGCAUGCAAAUUUGAGAAAUCGCGGCCCUUACUUUCAUUACCCAAAGUCUCAGUACAGAAGUCAGUCAUUUAUACAGUAUCCUCCUCCGAUGCACUACUAUCAGCAGCGGAGACCUUAUACACUGGUCCACCAUCGACCAAGAACAAACAGGACCAAUAAUAGCUUUAAUCCAUCGACGAGCUCGUCUUCAAGUGUUGUCAGCAUAUAUAAUCCCCAGACUGGUCAGUAUGAACCAAUUAGACGAAUCGUCUCUUAUGCUGUCGGCAGUCGAUCUUUCGCCAGCUACCACUCUUUCAUUUGA